AUGGCCUUUGGCAAUACAACCAACGCUUCUGAAAUGGCUACACCUCAACAUGAACCAGUGUCGGAACACACCAAUCAAGAGAGUCGGCUUUUGCACGAAUAUGAAGAACACCAGAUCAGCCCUCUACAGGAUGUAGUCUUUUCUCAGCCUCUCAACAGCCAGUCAAAACGUCGCAGACGGCGGCCUUCGGUACUUGCGGGCAUGGAAAGAAACGAAUCAUCAAGGAACCCUAACAACCUUUACCAGGAUACCUCAGACUCUGAGCUGGAUGAAAUAGAGAGCGAGCAGGAGCUUGAGCGGGAGUAUUUAGAGUACGUCGAGAGACAGCAGCAACCCAAGCUGCAAGCGCUGCAGGAUGGAGAUAUCUGCUACUACUGUGGCUCUAUAGCUCCAUUCUCGAUGCGACACACCACCCCAUACAUCGAUCUGUACCAAUGUGCUCUUUGCCGUCAGAAUCAAAAACAACUGUUGGGUUCUUUACCGCCUGAGACGCUGCAAGAGCACAAGGAGGAGCUACAGGAGUUGGUGGAAAAUGUAGGCUUGGGCAGCAACAGCUGGUUCGCAAUCACACCGCCUCCUGCCAAUCUACAAAACAACUUGCAGACGGCAGGGUCAACACAUGCAUCAAUUCCAGAGGGUGGCAAGGACCCGCAGGCGCGGAGAGCUUUGCCGCACUCACAGGAGGUUCAGGCAACAGAAUAUCGACCAGAGAGUAGGCCGUUGAUUGCUGGAGGAAUGACAUGGACGGUACAGGAGAGUGAUUUGUUCUUCCACGGCUUGAGGCGUUUCGGAAAGCACAAUGUCUGGGCGAUUCAGGAGCACAUCAAGAGCCGGUCUCUGGCCGAGGUCACAGCCAUGAUCCAGACUAUGGAGAUGGAGCUAGCGAGGCAUACACAGUUUGGUUUCAGGCCAAAUCGGUUGAGCGAGAUGCCUAUGGCGGAGGAGGCGGACGAAAAGCAGAUCGAGGUCGAAGAACUGUGUGCGGCUGUGCUCACCGACAUCGAAAUGAGAGAUACUUGGAGACGGUACAAGGAGGCGCCAGUCAAGACACGCUCAGAGGCCUUGAAUAAAACAGGACUGUUCAACCUGCGGACACUCACCGACUUGAGCACUCGACUGUACAUACAAAACGAGGAAGCAAGCAUAGACCGCGAUACCGUUGCUAUAUUAUACGAUGCUCUCAAGGAAUGGCUUACGUCCAUCAUCAAGGAAUUGAUCAUGUUGCAUCAUGAACGACACCGCAUACGCCUCUUGCUAGACAGGAAAAAACCUUCAGAUAUAGUGGGAAUCACUGAAGAGGACGUUGUGCGGAUACUGUAUGCUCAACAAAAGGCAUUGGGCCCUGGCCAUUUUUUCGCGACUCUUUCAGACCGACUCCGUUAUCUGGUCAUUGACGAUUCGUCAUCUGCAAUCGAACUCGAAACUGCUGGACUGAAGACUCUCUCUCCUCUUUGGAUCGUGCGAGGACUGGGGAGGAAAUACUACUUAAACGAACAGGUGGAUCGGGCUAGGGCGGAGGCUCCGGACUCGGAUCAGGACAUGGAGACGGAUGACGGCGUGUCUGCUGAAGAGGAGGCAGAGGUUUUGCUGGAGGCCCCAUUGCCCGUUGUUGCCGAAACUCCAGGACACGAAUCACGUCCAACGGAUGCUCGAGAGCGCAAGGCAAGGAGGGACUUGAAGGACAUAUACCCACAACAAGCUGCAGCUCUGGGACAAUGGGACAAUUUUUGGUCCAUCAAGGCUAGAGAGGCGCGUCAAGAAACCCAGGAGAUGACCCUAUUCGACAGAUCUACGGCUGCUCCCAGACGAAAGAGAUUUAGGGCGGAGUACCCUCUCACGCCGUCAUCUAUGACGUUCAACGAUUGGCGAGAAGGUGCAGGAAGGCUCGAGGCGAACAGUUUUGCGCUACCGAUUAAUGUGGAGAAUGAUGCAGGCGUAAUAGCAAAAGACCUCCUCAAGCGUAAUCAAGCAGUGUCAAGUAUGAACAAAUCUAAGCGAAGCCACGAACAGCUGCUCUACCUGGACCCGCCAAAACAAAUCUUUUACGCGGUACCCGGCCGCACUAAGACCCGCGAAAAGAUGAGAUUCGAGAGGUUCAACAAAAUGAAGAGAGAUUUCGACGAGAAAGCACAGCACGCGCCGCGUAUACGAUUCAUUGACAUGUAUGCACCAGGAUAUGGCAUCUUGCCCAGGGGCGAGUCGUUCAUGUACGAUCCGACGCGUCCACCGCCCAAGAAUGGAUACGGCCUAGGCGAGAGAGACCGUGGAGGACUCUGGCUCAUGGACAGGAACGCGAAGGACCAGUCCACUGGAUACAUUACAGUCUCCGAUACUGAGGACGAGGAAGAGGAGACGCGCGGUUGGGAACGCCAGAUGAAGGCCGAUGAUCGGAUCGAGCAGCGGUCAAAGCUAAGCUGA